UGUCUCCAGCCAAAAGAAAAGUUGAGAAAUCAACUGAGGGUCAUAGAGAUAAUAAAAAAGCUAGAGUGCAAUAAUCAUUAGAAAAUCUUGCUGAUUUAGCAAAAUCUAUUGUUGAAUCAGCAAAUAUAGAGGAAAGAGACAGCCAAACUGACAAUCAAUCCUCAGAAAGAGAGGAAGUACAUAACCAAGAAGCAGUAGAUACAAAUGAACAAAGUGAAGAAGAAUUAGAAGAUGAAGAAGCUGUUGAUGGAGUAGAUGGAUUGGAUGAAGAUGAUGAAAAGGACAGUGCUUCUGAAAAUACAAUUCACUUGUCGACGUUCAUAGCUGAAUUAAGAACAAAAAAUAGUGUGAAUGCCAAUUUAAUUGCAGAAUCUUCUAGUAGAUUGGACAUAAAUCAUAACAGACCUUCCAUUGCUGAGGUCGUCAAGGUUUUCAGUAUUGACAAGUAUGUCGUGAGGAUGCCGUUGAAUGAAAAUAGUGAUUUGACCGUUGAUCUUACAGUCAAAUCAGGCAUGGGCAAGAACUUUGAUAUGUUUAGGCUAAUUCUUAAAAAGCAGGGGUUGGAGGAUUUCUUUAGGAAAAGCUGUUUUGCGGUGUAUUUGGAUCUGCCUGAAGAGACCGGUGCACGAUUUCAAAUGAAAAUGGUAUAUGGGCUUAUGAAGCGUAGAAUUCUUUCGGAUGCAAAGGAUGAGCUUUGGAUUAAUUACUGUGGCAUGCCGGUGUGCUUUGGCUUGAAAGAGUUUGCCAUAGUUACUGGACUUAGAUGUCAUCCUUGUGAGCUUCCUACUGUUGUAUUGAAUAAGCCAGCCCGGACUAGCAAGACAGCCAAAGAAGCCAAGAAAGUAGGAAAGGGUGGAAAAGAUAAGAGUGAAACUGGUUUGGUGGAGUUAGUUGGAAAAAGCUACAAAGGAGAUAAGCUGCUUGUAGAUUUGCAGUCCAAAACCAUGUCAAAAAAGCAUAAGCAGUCCUUGUGUUUAGUUUGGUUUGUGCACUGUGUUCUUAUGGCAAAAGAUACAAGUCUGAACAUACCACUUGGUUUGCUUAAACUUGCGGAGGACUAUGAGGCAUUCAACAACCAUGGAUGGGCCGGGAAAGCUUCAAGUUGACUGUUUACUAUUUAUCGAAAGAGCUUAAGCCAACAGUGAAGACAGUCAAUCUAUAUGGCUUCCCUUGGGCUUUCAUGGCUUGGGCAUUUGAAGUCAUUCCUCACCUCCGACAACAAGUGAAGGACUACCCUUCAGAAGUGUCUUUUCCAAGAAUGCUUAGAUGGCUGACUACAAAGAGCAACACA